AUGAGAAAAAACUAUUUGAUCAAACAAUUAAUUAAUGUUGUUUUGUUGCUAAUAGUGGUGAAUGUCGACAGUGAAACUCACGUUAAAAUCGGUGAUUACCCGAUACUGAACGCCGAGACGUGUGGUAUUGUGUCUCAAAAUCCGGCGGCGGUUACACAACGAAUAGUUGACGGAAGUUUGGCCUUUACGGGUGAGUUCCCAUUCAUGGCCACUAUUCACGACAGAUCCUAUAAACUUAAGUAUAACAAUACGCUUGUUUGCGGCGCUUCACUAAUUGGCGACCAAUGGCUUCUAACGGCCAAACACUGUGUCCUUAGACAUAAAAAUGAAGAUCUGUUUAUAAACAUGGGAUCAAUAUAUCAUUCAAAGCCAUACAUAACAUACAAUGUAAAGCAAACCUUUCAUCAUUCGAGUUUUGACAUAGGAAUUGUCCAAUUGGAACAACCGACUGAUCCAAUCAAUCCUAGCGGUACAUACAUUGUCAAUACUGUCUGUUUGCCGGUCGCCGACAUUAUUAACAACAAAUCGGAGGAUACCGUUGUGAUCGGCUACGGAUACACUGAUAGAGAUGGCACACAAUUGAGUGAUGUCUUGAGGAAAGCCAACGUCGAGAUACUAUCUAAUAGGGUGUGUGACGACAAGUAUCAGAGACAACCAGAAGUAAUUUGUUCCGAAGAUGGUGACUCCGGUGGUCCGAUGAUUCAAUACGAUGGCAAUAGAGCUGUCCUCAUAGGUGUUGUCAACGAUGGCGCUGAGGACAGUAAUAUAGGUUGUCGGGCAAGAUAUCUGAUCUUCACCCGAGUCUCGUAUUUCAUAAAUAUGAUUAUAGAAACCGCUUACAGCUAUACCACUCAAACCACUCACAGAUAUACCGAUCAUAAAACUAGUUCAUUGGGAGUAACGGUUGGCGAAACAGUCGUAUCUACCGAACAACAAGGAUCAAAUUAA